CUAAAGAAGAGUCAUCGUCGUCGUUCUCUGGCAUCCCUAAAAUGGAAUGAUUGAAGAAAUUAGGAACCCUAAAACCAAGAAGAAAAGAAAAUCGAAAUGGAGAUAGAAAUGGAGGCGAGAGUGAAAGCACUGAGCUACAAAGUGAAAGGAAUGUCAAGAGAAUCUCCUUCUCAAAAAGCCUCUCAUGUCCUCGACACUGACCUUCGCUCUCACUGGUCUACUGCCACAAACACCAAAGAGUGGAUCCUUCUCGAACUUGAUGAACCUUGUUUGUUAUCGCAUAUUCGAAUAUAUAACAAGUCGGUGCUUGAAUGGGAAAUUGCAGUUGGUUUACGUUAUAAGCCGGAGGCAUUUGUUAAAGUUCGGCCAAGAUGUGAAGCGCCUCGUCGUGAUAUGAUUUACCCCAUGAACUAUACUCCAUGUCGUUAUGUCCGGAUAUCUUGCUUACGGGGAAAUCCCAUAGCUAUUUUUUUCAUUCAGCUGAUUGGGGUUUCGGUGGCUGGUCUUGAACCGGAGUUUCUACCAGUUGUUAAUCACUUGUUGCCAAACAUUAUAUCACACAAGCAAGAUGCUCAUGAUAUGCAUCUUCAGUUGCUUCAAGACAUAACAAACCGGUUGCUUGUCUUCCUUCCCCAACUUGAGACCGACUUAACCAGCUUCUUAGAUGCUCCUGAGCAAAACUUGCGUUUUCUUGCAAUGCUUGCUGGUCCAUUGUACCCAAUACUUCACAUUGUGAAUGAAAGAGAAACUGCGAGGUGUUCAGGCAAUAUCUCUGAUCUUGAUGUUCUUAAGAGCAAUCAACCAUCAUCUUCCUUAACUGUUUCUUCUAACUUUGAGCCAAGAAGAUCACGGAGCGCUUCUUCAUUUGUCUCAUCCACUUCUAGUUCCAUGGUAUUCCGACCUGAUGUGAUUUUUGUGCUGCUGAGAAAGACAUAUAAAGAAUCUGAUCUGGGCACUGUUUGCAGAAUGGUGUCUAGAAUCCUGCAUAAGCUUAUAGAGCCUGUUGCAGUGCAAGAAACAUCAACCACUGCCAGUGAUGUUACAUCUGUCAUGGAUGAGACAUCAAAAUCUGAAUUAUCUAAUCCUGUUCCACUUCUUGAUUACUCAAGCUUGUUUGGAGAAGAAUUCCAGAUACCUGAUGAUCAUUGGGACUCUAGCAUUCUUAGUGUCCUUGAUAUAGGGGCGGUGGAAGAAGGGAUUUUACAUGUUCUCUAUGCUUGUGCGUCACAGCCUUUGCUUUGCCGCAAAUUGGCAGAGACCACUUCUGAAUUUUGGUCUGCUUUACCACUUGUACAGGCAUUACUUCCAGCACUUCGGCCAUCUGUGAGCAGCCUUGGUGAUAAUUUUGAUGACAACUUUUCUCCAUGGAAACAGUCUUUUGUACAGCAAGCCCUUUCUCAGAUUGUAGCUACAUCGUCUUCGACAUUGUACCACCCACUUCUUCAUGCCUGUGCUGGAUAUUUAUCGUCAUUUUCACCAUCACAUGCUAAGGCUGCAUGCAUUCUAAUUGAUCUGUGUUCAAGUGUCCUAGCUCCUUGGAUGGCUCAGGUCAUUGCAAAGGUUGACCUAGCUGUAGAGCUUCUAGAGGACCUUCUGGGCACAAUUCAGGGUGCUCGUCAUUCUUUGGCUCGAGCCCGUGCUGCCCUCAAAUAUAUCGUGCUGGCCCUUUCUGGGCACAUGGAUGAUAUACUAGGGAAGUAUAAGGAAGUGAAGCACAAAAUUCUCUUUCUUUUGGAGAUGCUAGAGCCUUUUCUCGAUCCUGCCAUCUAUGCACUGAAGAGCACAAUAGCUUUUGGAGACGUUUCUUUCACUUUUCUGGAAAAGCAGGAGCAGACUUGUGUAACUGCCCUGAAUGUCAUCCGUACAGCAGUGCAAAAGCCUGCUGUUCUUCCUUCUUUGGAAUCUGAAUGGAGGCGUGGAUCAGUUGCCCCUAGUGUACUUCUCUCAAUAUUGGAACCUCACAUGCAAUUGCCUCCUGAAAUUGAUCUUUGCAAGUCUUCUGUUUCUAAAAGCCUUGAGCAUGAAGCAUCAACCGCCUCCUCUCAUGCUUCCCUGGUUCGCCAAGGGGGAGAUUCUUCAAAAUCAAAUAACCAAGAUGAGGUGGAUGUUUCUGAUACAGGUGUAAAGAUGGAUAUAUUCGAAGAUGUCAGUCUUCUUUUUGCUCCUCAAGAGCUACAGACCAUAGUACUGACAAAUGUUUCAAGCAAUCCCAACAAACAUAUCUUGGAUUCCAACCACAAGGAUGCCAACUCAGAGCUGAACCAUGUAAUUGAAAAAAAAUUUGGUGACCAGUUGCAGAAUGGCUUAGUGUUAGAUUGUGGUUUCAUUGCAGAAUACUUUAACUUGCAAGCAGACUAUUUUCAACUUAUAAACUACCGUGAUUGUGAGCUUAGGGCCUCUGAAUAUCAGCGUUUGGCUUUGGACCUACACUCAGAGAAUGAGAUUACCGUUGAAGGUCAUGAUGCUGCUAUUGAUGCUUUGCUUCUGGCAGCAGAAUGUUAUGUCAAUCCCUUUUUUAUGAUGUCUUUCAGAUCCAGUCCAAAGGUGAUUCCCGUUAACAUUGGUGACAAUAAAAAAGGAAAAAAUUAUGAAAUCUCAGAGCUGCGGAAUGCUUGUAAAAAGAAUAGUUGUGACUUGGAAACAAUAGCUCUUCUCGAGAAAAAAAGGGACAAGAUUGUCCUUCAACUACUGCUUGAGGCUGCUGAAUUAGACAGGAAGUUUCAGAGGACAUCAGAUUACUACCCUGAAGGAAUUGUCCAACAAGUCAUAAAGUUGUCUCCCCUUGAUGUACAAUCUACAGAUGCAAUUACCUUGGUUCGACAAAAUCAAGCUUUACUGUGUAGUUUUCUUAUUCAGCGACUGAAGAAAGAGCAACACUCCAUGCAUGAAAUUCUUAUGCACUGUCUUGUCUUUCUGUUGCACUCAGCCACACAGCUCCACUGUGCUCCUGAAGAAGUGAUUGAUUUCAUAUUAGAAUCUGCUGAGCAUCUUAAUGGGAUGCUAACCUCGCUCUAUUAUCAGUUAAAAGAAGGCAAUCUGCGGCUGGAUCCAGAAAAGAUACAUGGGGUACAAAGGCGGUGGAUGCUGCUUCAAAGGUUGGUAAUUGCUUCAAGUGGCGGUGAAGGUUCAGAUUUUGCGGUCAAUAUCAAUAGUGGGUUUCGGUGUGGAAACUUAAUUUCGCCAUCAGCCUGGAUGCACAGAAUAUCUACAUUUUCUUGCAGUGCUUCUCCUCUUGUUAGGUUUCUUGGUUGGAUGGCUAUAUCUCGAAAUGCAAAACAAUAUAUAGAGGAGCGGCUCUUCCUUGCUUCAGAUCUGUCACAACUUACACAUUUACUAUCUAUAUUUGCAGAUGAGCUUGCAGUAAUAGAUAAUGUCAUUGACCAAAAAUACGAAGAUGAUAAGAUUGAACAAUCAGGAAUUAAACAAGAUAUGCUGAUUCACCAAAGGUCUAAAGCUGCUGAUCAGCAUGGAGACCAGUCUUUUCAUGUCAUCUAUCCUGAUCUCAGUAAAUUCUUUCCAAAUUUAAGAAAGCAUUUUGAAUCUUUUGGGGAGAACAUUUUGGAGGCUGUUGGAUUGCAGUUGAGAUCUCUUUCAUCCAGCGUUGUGCCUGAUAUAUUGUGCUGGUUUUCUGAUUUGUGUUCCUGGCCAUUUUUUCAAAAGAACCAAAUUACUUCUCAAAAUAGUUAUGUUCAUUUGAAAGGUUAUGUUGGAAAGAAUGCCAAGACAAUCAUACUUUACAUUUUAGAAGCCAUCAUAAUCGAGCACAUGGAAGCAAUGGUGCCAGAGAUACCUCGGGUGGUGCAAGUGCUGGUAUCCCUUUGUAGAGCCUCUUAUUGCUGUGUGUCAUUUCUUGACUCAAUAAUGCAUCUGUUGAAGCCUAUCAUUUCAUAUUCAUUAUGCAAGGUAUCUGCUGAGGAAAAAAAAUUAGUUGAUGAUUCAUGUCUUAAUUUUGAGUCACUGUGCUUCGAGGAGCUUUUUCUUGAUAUUAGACAGAAAAAUGAGAGUCAAGAUCUGACUGCAGGAAAGGACUACAGCAGAGCAUUGACAAUUUUCAUUCUGGCUUCUGUCUUUGGUGAUUUGUCUUUUCAGCGUAGAAGAGAAAUAUUACAGUCCUUAAUUUUGUGGGCGGAUUUUACUUCUUUUGAGCCAACCUCAUCUUUCCAUGACUACCUAUGUGCAUUUCAGACUGUUUUGGAAAGCUGCAAGAUUUUGUUAGUCAAGACAUUAAGAGUCUUUGGUGUUUGCAAAUUGCAGAUGCCCCAUGUUUCUGAUACUAGCACAGGAACACUUAGUGAUAGUAGAACAGAACUUAGUUCGUGGUUUCUCAGUGAUGUCUUCCAUAGCUCUUGUCCACCCAAGAUUUCUGAGGAGCUGGAAAGUAAUAUCUUUGAUGAUAUAGCCUCAAAGCAGAAGGAUUGUAAUUUAUCUGUUGAGGAAAUAGAAGACUUUUCUAAUGUCUUAGAGAAUCUCAUUGCCAAGCUUAAUCCAACUAUUGAGCUCUGCUGGAAUCUACAUCAUCGGUUGGCAAGGAAGCUGACUAUUACAUCAGCUCAGUGUUUUAUGUACUCAAGAUGCUUAUCUUCAAUUGUGCUGCAAGUUCAAAACACUCAGGAGAAUGACAGUGAAAAUUCUUGUGCGUUCAAGCCAGUUGACUGGUUUCCAGUUCAUUGGAGGACUGGUCUAGAGGCACUUGCUGAAGUCAUUAUGAAGCUCCAGGAAAGCCAUUGCUGGGAAGUUGCUUCUCUCAUGCUUGAUUGUCUACUUGGAGUACCUUGUUGUUUUCCGCUGGAUAAUGUUAUCAAUACCAUCUGUUUGGUAAUAAAAAGUUUUUCUUGCUGUGCACCAAAAAUAUCUUGGCGCUUGCGAUCUGAUAAAUGGUUGUCGAUGCUGUUUGCAAGAGGUUUCCAUAAUCUCCAUGAGAGUGAUGGGCAUCUUGCUGAUCUGUUUGUUACACUGCUGGGUCAUCCUGAGCCUGAGCAACGGUUUGUUGUUCUUCAGCACUUGGGUAGAUUGGUUGGCCAAGACAUGCAUGGAGAACCAGUUUUACAGUCUAAUACCAUUAGUUAUAAGUUACUAUCACCAGACUUAGUUCUUUCAGUUCCCGAUUCAUUUCUGUCUCUUGUGGUGUCAAGUACUUGGGAUCAGGUGGUUUUGUUGGCAUCAUCUGAUUCUUUAUUGCCUUUGAAGACUCGCGCUUUGGCACUUCUUGUAGCUUAUAUGCCAUAUGCAGGCAGGCAGCAGUUACAAUCCUUUCUUACUGCAGCUGAUAGUGUUCUCCAUGUUCUGGGAAAGGUUACAUAUCCAACAUGUGAAGGUCCAUUAUUACGGCUUUCAUUGGCACUUUUUGCUGGUGCCUGCCUGUACUCUCCUGCUGAAGACAUUUCCUUGAUAUCUCAAGAUAUAUGGAGGAAUAUAGAGACCAUAGGAUUGUCAAGAAGUGAAGGCAAGCUUGGUGGUCUGGAGAAAAAUGCUUGUGAAGUCUUGUGUAGAUUGAGAAAUGAAGGGGAUGAAGCAAAAGAGGUUCUGAAAGAAGUGCUCUCUAGAAAUCCCUCAAAACAAGUAGACCCAGAUUUUGGGAGCACCCGGGAAUCAAUUCUUCAGGUCCUUGCCAACUUAACUUCAGUUCAAUCGUGUUUUGAUAUGUUCUCAAAGAAAAUUGACCAAGAGGCAAUGGAACUAGAAGAGGCUGAAAUAGAAUUAGAAAUUCUUCAAAAAGAACAUGCAGUACAAGAAUCAUCAAAAGAUUCCAAAGAGGAGAGGGAUAUUCCUUGGAUAACUGCUUCUGUGAAAGAGGAUAACCGCCUUCAGGAAAUCAAGGAUCGCAUUCGCUCACUAGAAAAGUCCAAGCUCCAAGAAGACAUAGUAGCCCGCAGGCAAAAGAAGCUUCUUGUGAGACGUGCUCGUCAGAAAUAUCUAGAAGAGGCUGCUAUACGAGAAGAGGAACUUCUGCGUGAACUUGAUAGGGAAAAGGCUGCUGAAGCAGAAAAAGAGAUUGAGAGACAGCGGUUGCUGGAACUUGAGUGCGCAAAAACUAGGGAGCUCCGACACAAUCUUGACAUGGAGAAGGAGAGGCAAACACAGAGAGAACUUCAGCGUGAACUGGAGCAGGCUGAAUCUGGACUACGAUCAUCAAGGCGUGACUUUCCUUCAUCCACCCAUGGCAGUCGGCCUCGGGAUAGGUACCGAGAAAGGGAAAAUGGAAGAUCAAGUAAUGAAGGGAGUGCAAGAACAAAUGCUGGCAGCUUGCAGCCUGAUACUGCCACUAGUUCAUCAAUGGCUACGCCAGCUAUUGUGUUGUCUGGCUCUCGACCAUUUUCAGGCCAGCCACCAACCAUUCUUCAAUCUCGUGACCGUCAAGAUGAUUGUGGCAGUAGUUACGAAGAAAAUUUUGAAGGAAGCAAGGACUCUGGCGACACUGGCAGUGUUGGGGAUCCAGAUUCGAUAACAGCAUUUGAUGGGCAAUCUGUUGGAUUUGGGUCCGCACAAAGGCAUGGAUCUAGAGGGAGUAAGUCCAGGCAGGUGAUGGAGCGGAGAGAGGGAAGAGAACGAGAUGGAAGACGGGAAGGUAAGUGGGAGAGAAAACAUUCAUGACUAGUGACCUGCUGAGUUAGAUGUAGGUUUAGGAUUAGUCAGUGUAUAUACAUCAUCAAAGGUUUUCAUUUACCGUUACAGAUUGACACUGCAUCUGAUCCACCAUAGGAAAAGUGGAUGAAUCACGUAAUGUAUCUCUUAAAAAGAAAAUUUACCGAUGGAAUCAUCACAAACAGUUGUAGCUCUUACUUCAGUGAUUUAAACGAGUAGAAACAAUGUUUUCAAGCACUUCUCUCUCUGUAAUAUUGGAAUCUUGUCUUCGUCAGAAAUUGAAAGAAAGAUGGAACAGAGUUUAGUAGGUUA